AUGGAAGUAAAUGUCAAAUACAGGAAAGAUGAAGGAGAUCUUUUGGCUGAUCCAACUAUCUAUCGGGGUUUGGUAGGAAGUCUUAUCUACCUAAUGACAAAUCGACUUGACAUUUCGUAUGUUGUUCACCAAGUCAGCCAGUUUAUGUCUUCUCCUCAGCAUCUUCAUUUUGCUGCUAUUCGUCGCAUUAUCCGCUAUCUUAUAGGGUCACCUACACGUGGGUUAUUCUUUCCUAGAGGCUCACCCUUACAACUUCUGGCAUAUAGUGAUGCUGAUUGGGCAGGGUGUCCGGAUACUCGUCGAUCUACUACAGGCUGUCUUUUGGAGGAGCUUGGAUUUUCACAGCCUGACUCUACCCCUCUUCAUGCUGAUAAUACAAGUGCUAUUCAAAUUGCUUCAAAUCCCGUGUUUCACGAACACACCAAACAUAUCGAGGUUGAUGUCACUAUAUUAGGGAAGCCUUGA